GAUUUCGUUACUUGUAGUAACGGCCUUCUUUGACAGAUGUGAUUGUGAAUUUGUGAAUGUAUUGUCGUUUCCUACUCCUCGUAGACACUCAAUUUUGUUCGUUUUAUUUUUGUAAAAUGGCAUUGCUUGUUUAACCGCGCUAGCUUUAUGUCGUCUACUAUAGUAAGCAUAAAUAAAUCUCGGACAAUUGUUACAAACGGCCUUGUUUUUCAUCUCGUUUAGUAACCGUUAGUGAGGCAGUCUGCACAAUGGGAGCCCAAUAACAGCGAGUGUUCCCCACCUGAGGCUGCAUCUGUAACGCGCCCGCGAGCACGUAUGUUGGGCUGGCUAUCGGCACUUUCUCUCGCUGAUGCGUUGCGAGUGGGUUACUCAACGCGUUGUGCAAAGACUGGUCGAGUCGAUGUCGAUAUUUCAUAACGGCAGUAGUUAAUCUGUGGGGGUUCAUGUCGGUCGUGGUCGGCUGAUGCAGUCGGUAGUGUUUGGUGUGUAAUGUGUAUGAGUUGGGUGUGAUGGUGGAACGCGAGGGCAUGCGGCGCGGCAGCGGCGGCGGCUGCGGCUGGGGCGGCGGCGUGCUGGGCCGCUGGUCGCUUCGCCGGCUGCUGCUCGACAGCCCGCUCGUCGGCAGGCGGCUUGCACACACAGUAUUGGAUCAAGCAGACGGCCGGCCUGCGAAACUAAACAACGUGGAACAGGCUCAAAGACAAACUACAGUAGAAUUUAUAGCAGAAGAUGAAGAGGGCGACGUUUUGGAGUGCCCACUAUGCCUAUCGAAUUUCAGUUCGGUAUCCAUGGUGCGGCUGGCGUGGUGCUCGCACCGAUGCUGCGAGCCCUGCCUUCGACAGUACCUGGCCAUCGAGAUCUUCGAGGCGAGAGUUCCAGUCAACUGCCCUGUGUGCCAUGAGAGCAUGCAUCCCUCAGAUGUCCGUCGCAUCGUAGACAACCCGGUACUUUACGACAAAUAUGAAGAGUUCUCCGUGCGGCGCGCGCUAGCUGCCGAUCCCGACACGCGGUGGUGUCCCGCGCCCGAUUGCAGUUUCGCGGUGGUGGCGACGGGUUGCGCGUCGUGUCCUAAGCUGACGUGCCUGGCGCCGGGCUGCGGCGCGUCGUUCUGCUACCACUGCAAGGCGGCGUGGCACCCGACGCAGACGUGCGACGCGGCGCGACGCAGCCGGGCGCCGCCGCCGCGGGCGCCGCAACCCUCGCACGCUGAUAUCGAUCAUGGUGAUGUGAAGCCAUGUCCCCGGUGUUCAGUACUAAUAGUGAAGGUGGAAGAUGGCUCCUGCAACCACAUGGUGUGCUGCGUCUGCGGCGCAGAGUUCUGCUGGCUGUGUAUGAAGGAGGUCUCAGACUUACAUUAUUUGAGUCCCAGCGGCUGCACGUUCUGGGGCAAGAAGCCAUGGUCACGCAAAAAGAAGCUACUCUGGCAGCUAGGCACGCUGGCAGGCGCGCCGCUCGGCAUCGCCGUGGUGGCGGGCGUGGCGCUGCCGGCGCUGCUGGUGGGCCUGCCGCUGUGGGCGGGCCGCCGGGCCCAUCGCCGCCUGCGCCGGGCCCCGCCCGCCCGCCGCCGCGCCGCCGUCGCCGCCGCCGUAGCCGCUGCACUACUAGUAUCCCCUCUCGUCGCUGGACUAGCUGUCGGCAUCGGAGUCCCAAUCCUAUUGUUCUACGUAUACGGAGUGGUGCCAGUGUCGCUGUGUCGAGCUGGUGGCUGCGCAGGAGGACCCCCGCCGCCUGCCGCCGCGCAUUUUGAUGAUGAACGGGACCAUGCGCCUGAUCAGGACGCCGCUUCGAGACGACUUGAACCCAGUAUAGGUGACGCAUCUCUAUCAGCAGGAUCUCACCACGCUGAAGUACGCGCUCCGUCACUGGCGGCCCUGGCGGGCUCGCUGGGCGGACACGAGACGCACUCCCCCGCCGCACACCGACUCGAGGUGACGGCAGACGUGGCCGCGUCGGACAACACGAGCGCCGCGAGCUGGCCCGACGACCUGCCGUCCACGUCGUCCCGCUCGGCGCGCCUGCGCAGCCUGUUCCUGUACGGGUCCGCCGUGCCGCCCGCCGACCUGGAGGCCGGCACCGGGCCCGGCGCCCCCGCGGCCGGCGCGCUGGAGCUCAGCGGCGUGUGCGAGACCCGCGCCCGCUCCCCGCCGCUCGCGCCCGCCGCGCCGCACGUGCUGCCCGCGGUGCCGCCGCACGGCGACGCGUAGUGCCGCUCGCCGCCGCCGGCCGCGUUGCCAAAGGUCGAGCCCCUGAGACGAUAGUGCGCGAGGCCGACCCUGCUAUAUAUUUCGAUGGUUUACAGUACGAUGUACGUCCGUAUUGGAAGUGCGCGGCGCGCUAUGUAUUCGCACUUGUCCGUCCGGCGCGAGUCCUCAUCCCGACUUUGAUUUAAAGAUUUGUGCCAAUCGCGUGUGAUUAUCUAGUACUUUGAAGCGACUCUGUGAUUUAAUUAUUUGAUAAAUGUAGCGAGUUUCGAUGUUAAAUAAUGACCGGAGUCCACGAUAGCGAUCCUGGGAGGCGGCACUCCUAGACAUACGAUAGAUGCUUCGCGCUUUCAGAGCAGUGUUACUCUAUCCAAUAUUUGUGAUACUUUGAAUAAUAAUUACUAUUAAUGAUCUAAAUUAUUUAAUUUUUCACGUUUGUAGGCGAAAAGUAAUCUUAAGCGAUAAUAAUUAUGUUAUGUGAAUCUAUAAAGUGUAAACUAUGAUUAAAAUGUGAUUUAAAUUUA